AAGAAUCCAAAACCCAAAAACCCUAGCCUUCCCUAACCUCAUUUCUCUCUCUCAGCCGCUUAGGGUUAGCAGAGCAAAGCAAAAAUGGUUUCUGGUUCAGGCAUUUGCGCCAAGCGCGUGGUCAUCGACGCUCGCCACCACAUGUUGGGUCGUCUAUCAUCCAUCGUCGCCAAGGAGCUUCUCAAUGGACAGAAGGUAGUCAUUGUCCGGUGCGAGGAGAUCUGCAUGUCCGGUGGUCUCGUUCGUCAGAAGAUGAAAUACAUGAGGUUUCUUCGUAAGAGAAUGAACACCAAGCCUUCUCAUGGUCCUAUCCAUUUCAGGGCUCCCGCUAAGAUUCUCUGGCGUACAAUCCGAGGAAUGAUUCCACACAAGACCAAGAGAGGAGCUGCAGCUCUUGCUCGUUUGAAGGCUUAUGAGGGUGUCCCACCUCCAUAUGACAAAAUCAAAAGAAUGGUCAUUCCUGAUGCUCUCAAGGUUUUGAGGCUUCAAGCCGGUCACAAGUACUGCUUGUUGGGUCAGCUUUCAUCUGAGGUUGGAUGGAAUCACUAUGACACCAUCAAGGAGCUUGAGAAGAAGAGAAAGGAGAGGUCUCAGUUGGCUUAUGAGACUAAGAAGAAGUUGAAUAAACUUAGGGUGAAGGCCGAGAAGAUAGCCGAGGAGAAGCUAGGUCCUCAGCUUGAAAUUAUUGCUCCAAUCAAGUAUUGAAAUGCAUGAAACUUGUUUUUUGGAAUGACAAAGUUGUGGAGUAUUGAGUACUAUUCGUCAAAUUUGUUUUCCAUUUUGAGACUUCUUUCUUUUUGGUUUGGUCAUCAUAUGCUUUUUGUAGUAGUGAUUUUGAUUUAUAAUAGAUUGUUGUCUUGUCAUACAUUUGUAUGCAGUUCAGUUUCUCUUUUUGAUAAUUAGCUAAGCUAUCAGCAUAAUCAAAACUAUAAUUUUUCCUUA